AUGGGCCGAACGGAUCCUUUCCGUAAGCUCAAUAUCCAUGAGCUUGCAAUCAUAGCAGAGCUUUUGCCCCCCAUCGAUAUCAUUCGCCUUCGUCGAGUCUCGAGAACCUGGAACAAUAUCUUGAGUUCUGAGUAUAUCUGCAAGGUUGCCUUGCAGGCGCACUUCCCUCGCUCAAAGGAGACAAAACGGCUGCAUGAGAUGAAUGCUACAACCAUCGUCCCCACCAGGCCAGGAUUUAAGAUCAUUAAGGAAGAAGUCAUCAAGGAGGAAGAGGAUGGGGAAGAACCCCCCAAAAAGGUUGCCAGAGGCAAAGGAAAGUCCAAAAUGAAGCGCAGGCCCUCAAUGUCGCAUGAGCUUCGAUCAAUUUCUGGAAGCCCAAAAAAGGUUGCUGCAAAUAGAGGUCUUUCAGAAGUAUGUCUUAGCUUUUCCCGCGCUACAUUUAGACUUCAUGCCAGGGCUAUAGCCAAACCAACUAAAGUUCACAAAUACCGUCUACACCAUAUAUGUGAUAGAGGGUUUACAUCCACGGCAGGAUACCUUUUCUGGUGCGAGUCGAACAGGAAAAUCUGGCAGCAAAAGAUUGGAGAAGGGAUCAGCGGUCGUCGUGGUCUAAAGCUCGGAAGUGUCGGGAAUAGAAUCGCUCAUGUUCACCAAAUUACCGCUGUCGAAAAUGUCCCUGGAAGAAAUGGAAGUGGUCUGGUGGUGCUCUUAUUUCGAGAGGUUCUAACCUGGGGAUUGGAGAUGGCCGCUUUGGAUUAUGAGACAGAUGAGGUUGUGUGGAAGGUCUCCCUUGCGGACAACCCAAAUUCACUGCAGCGAACUAGAGGAUGGGUUCAUUACCUAACACAAACACAAAUGCCUACAGUUCCUGGACCAAAUGGAGUUAUCACCCAGGAGUACAGAUAUAUGCUUGUUGUUCACUGUAUUCUCACCGGGAAAAUGCUUUCUAGAACCGUCCUAAGUGAUUCAUGGCCGACACAGAAGCGUCCUGGUUAUCCAAACUUUCUUCCCGAACCCCCAGGCGCCUACACCGUUUUCCCUACAUCAAAUCUCAGGAAAGGCAAGCCUGAAAAAAUGGUUGUUGCCUUCGAGGACAGGGGUUCCAAGAUUCCGGGAGAAGAAGUUCCCAAAAAAGCUGCAUAUAAGGUUCUGGUCUACUCCUUGGCCAACGAUUCCGGAGAGGACGCAACACUGCUCAAAGAUAUUGAAUUGGAAAGAAGUGGUAUCGGGAUAGGAACGAAUCUAUUGGAGAAAUCUAUCCGAAUGGAAUUUAGUUCUGACCCAAGCCCGCAGAAGGGCUAUCCUAAUCUUCUACUUAUUGAAUCCACCUCACAUCCUCACGUUAUACCACCUAAGACUCGCAACGCUAACGAAAAGCUGGAGUAUCCCACCCUCUCGGUCUGGACCCUCGAAACACUGAACUUUGAUAUCCUCGAGGUCCGCCGUUACCAGAGUAAAUAUGCAGAUGAUGAGAUGCGUCCUAUAAUAGAAAAUCGACCUACGAUUGAGAGUCGUGAGGGGUUUCACUAUGGGCCAAUGGCCGAAUACACAAGAAUGGAGGCAUUAAAUGUUGAUAGUGGUAUUAGCUGGGUUAUUUACGACGAAAAUAAGAGUCCCGAGAAAACUUCGACCAUCAGCGAUCUUAGCGGUAGCGAUGACGAAAGCGAUGACGAUUCCGAAGCAUCCUUUCCGGUUAUAAGAGCAUGGAACCACUUUCCGACAGGCCCUGGAACAAAGACUCCUGUCACGGCUAGGAUCGAUACAGUCGGAUACGAAGAGGUUCCCGAAGGAGGUUGGACUGGCCCGUGGCUUGAGAAUCCAAAAGAAGAAACACCACUCGCAACAAGGAAUCUGAAGCGGAAACGUGAGUCUAUCUCAAUGGAUCGUCCUGGUACAGCCUCAAGUAACUCCUCGUCUUCGGUAAACUCCCUCGCAUCUUCGGCCACUACCCCGUCUACUUUUUUUGCCGGCGACUCUCUCCCAGCAAUCUCUUCUACAUCUUCGACCUCCCCACCUCCGCCGAGGGAACGAUGGUUCAGACAAACUUCGAGGCAUAAACUUCAACAGCCAGAGAUCAUGCGUAGAAGACGUAGACAGAAUCUUGGGGAGGAAGAGGAAGAUUGGGGCUUAAUGUCUGUUAAGACAAAUCCUACUAUUUUCUUGGGUGGUAGCGGCGGCGGAAAAAUUGGCGGGAUGGGGGGAUUGGAUACGGAUGAAGAUGGCAGGUAUCUGGUGGUUUUAACAAGGAUCAAGGGAUUGAGCAGUAUGGCUCUUUGCUUGGAUUUCGAACCGGAAUGGUAG